ACCGACCACCCCAACGUGUGUCAUCGAAAAUAAUGUUAUAACAUCAAAUUACAUACGUGCAAUUAAAAACACAUCUAUAACAAUUAAGUGUACCAGCAAUAGCAACCCCCCUCCAAUGAACUACACGUGGACGCUGCCUGGCGGGCUGAAACGAGAUGGACAGACUUUCACGAUACCAAACGUACUAUCUAGCGGUACUUACAAAUUGGAUGUCAACAAUGUGAUGAACUCAAAUUCUGCCCCGCAAGUCAUUAUUGGAAAUGCCAAUGUGAUAUUUACACUUGACAUGUUAUUCGCAGUGGCGGUGCGACCAAUUGCGAAUACAACGGUGUUACAAAACGGAACAUUGUCUGUCGCGUGUCCAUACACCGAAGGAAAUCCACCAAAGACGAAUUUCAUGUGGGUACAGGUAAAGACAACGCGCGUUGUCGCGGUCGAGCAACACCUUACGUUUCCAAAUAUGCAAAUCACUGACGAGGGAUUUUAUAAGUGCAGAGUAAACAACACAAUGGAACCUUCAGGUUGCUGUCCACAGACGGCAUACGAUGAAACAAUGUUUUACCUUGAUGUACAAUAUCCUUCCAGUAUACAGAGAUUUUAUGUCGACGGGUUUGAAAAUGCAAGGAUAAUUACUAUAAACCAAAGUCAGACUGUGAUAUUAUUCUGCGAAGCUCAUGGUGACCCUGUGGCUAACAUUUUUCUAAUAAAUAAUACUCGAAAUGAAAGCGAUUUACUGACUGAAACAAAUAGUAACACAAUAUCUGCUUCUCUUGAAAAUGCGCGAUGCGAAUUUGACAAAGGGAUCUACCAAUGCCAAGGGAAGAACAUUCACAACGCCGUCCAGCAGGUUCGAGAAAUAGAGAUCAUCAUCCGAUGUGCACCGCGAGCUUCUCCAUUUAUGCCUCCAAUACCUAAAGUUUGGACGAAAACAAACAGUAGUGUAAUUCUUACGUAUACUAUUGUGGCGUAUCCUCCUCCAAGCGCUUCAUCGGCAUUUGUUUGGCGAAAACAGGUAAAUAAUGAAUGGUUUAUUGUCAAUGCUUAUACAAGAAUUCAUAUACAAAUUUCCCAAGACAGACUGCAGACAAACCUUUCCAUAGUGCAAGUACAGAAAGACGAUUUUGCAACCUAUACGGUCGAUGUGGACAACGAAAUUGGUUCUUCAGAGCAGACAUUUGUUAUUCAAGCGAAGGAAGAGCCAGCUAUUCCAGAACAAUUUGGUAUACCAGAAAAUACGAUAACAGACAGCUCUGUCAUCGUUGAAUGGAAGCCGGGAUUUAACGGUGGGGAUGAUCAAUGGUUCGUUAUUGGAUAUAAACAACACACGGAUGGAAAAUGGACUUACAAAACUAUAUUAGACCAUAUCAAACGAAUAUCGAUUGAAGAAUUGGUUGCUGGAACCUCUUAUCAAUUCAAAAUGUAUGCAGAAAAUUCAAUUGGAAAAUCAGCGGAAACAAAUGUUAUAACAGUGACUACACGAGCCAAAUCUGGUAAUCAAGCCAGCGGUUCAAAGUACGAUGACUUAUUCAAUGCACAACUAAUUUCUAAACAGAUCAUUUUUAACUUUAUGUUGGCUGUUAUCCGGAUACAUGAACUUGUUUGA